AUGGGGGGCUUCUAUGGGAAGUUGAGUCCUUGGGAAGACAGUGCUGUGAUGCGGAGCUUUUGGGUCUAUCAUGAUGACAUGCACAAACUCUUCCCCGGAGUUGCCCCCUCUGUCAUCGCCUCCAAAGAAUUCAAAGCGAGAACCGAGGUCAUUGCAGCGUUGGAGUCAUACAUCAGACAUGAAGAGAACUUUGGCGCCGAAGUCCCUCUAUUUACUAGGGACAGAUUCGCCGCAGAACGGAAGUUUGGAAUGUCCAUCCAUAACAGCGCCAAAAUUGAGAUUCUUCUAGCUACGGCUCUCGCCAAUAUUUCUACGCUAGUCUUCUGGCUUCUGUCAAAUAUCUAUAGUCAGCCAGAUCUUUUGGCCAAGAUUCGACACGAGCUUCUCAGUGCAGCGGUUACCGAGAACCAAACUGAUGAGAACGGGGUCGAGAUGACGCUUCAUCUAGGGAAAAUCAAGGAGCAUUGCCCUCUACUGCUGUCGUGCGCGCAAGAGACAGAGCGGUGCAACAUUGUUGACAACAUUACCCGAACGGUCAUGACAGACACGACAAUAUCAAACGGCGACCGCUCGUACCUCCUCAAGAAAGGGAACAACGUCCAGAUGCCGCUUAGUAUUCUCCAUAGCGAUGCGAAAGUAUGGGACGACGAACCUGAAAGUUGGCAAGGCGACCGAUUUCUGAACUUGGGCUACAAUACGUCGUCACCACCUGGUUUUCUCCCCUUUGGAGGGGGCAAGCAUAUUUGGUAUGUGGAUGGUUUCUCUUUGGUGGAUGAGCCAUACUGA